AUGCCGGAGCUGUGCGACAGGGUUCGGACGAAUGGAAAGUUGGCAGAUAAGCUCAAGGCCUCGUGCGACAAGAGGUUUUCUGGACUGACAGAUCGGAAGACCGACACUGUGGUAAUCGUCUCCGAUGGCGAGGUCGAGACUGCCACUGCUGCAGACGAUGUCUUCGCCAACUACGUAUUCGACAGUGACGCGGGGGUGAAAAGUGUGUCUGUUAUCAAGCCAAGAGGCAGAGCCGUUAGCCCCCCUGAGGGGAUGAAACCCUUCAGUAGCAACCCCUUCAAUGGCGGCUAUGUGGUCGGGGAGAACGGGGUGCCGCCUGACUAUUCUGUGAAUCUUGAGAGGGCAGCAUCUUCAUGGUACAAGGUACCGAACAAUCGAGGAUUGCUACAGAGUCAAGGAAUUAGCAACAGGGAAAGCAUGGACUGGAUGAGAAAGCUUGUGAUGAACGAGGUGGAGAGGCCAGAUCACUCAGUCAGCACAUAUGCAAAGGUCAUUAAAGAGUCCCUGGAGACGAAAUGGGGAGGACCGUUUCAGGUCGCGGUGGCAGAAAGCCCCUUCACAUCACCUUCACUUGGUUCGGCCAGCAUCUAUGCAGAGUUUGAGGUGGGGGAUCUUUUUGUGCACAUCAUCGCGUGA